AUGGCAUUCAAGGUACUUGCACUGGCCGCCCUUAUGGCCGUAGCCGUCGCCCGUCCAGAUAGCCCGCCUAGAUAUGGCUACUCUGCUCCAACACCCUCUUACACACCCGCCAAGUACAACUUCCACUACGCCAGGGUCACCUACAAUGUGAACGGAGAUUCCGGUUAUGUGGCUGAUGUCACCUACGAAGGAGAGGCACAGUACCCAACCCCAAAGGCCUCCUAUAGUCCUCCUCAGCCUUCCUACAAGCCUCCCACUCCCUCCUAUGCUUAA